AUGCUAAUUCCCAAAUCUCAUCCCCUUCCCUCUCGUCUCUACUCCCGCACCGCGCCCCGCCCCUCCCACCGCUGCGAUCUGCUUCGCCGGACCACCCCGUCCCCUUCCCCCGCCGCGAUCUGCCCCCUCCCAUCUCCACACCGGUUCUUUCUGCCCCAAAAUUCUCAAAUCCUAAUUUCACACUCUCCCUCCCCCGUGUCGAUUCGCACUCCCAAGUCAGCGCCGCCGCCCCUUCUCCUUUCCCCGUUUCAACACCAGAGUCUCCCUCACUCGCUUCAAUUCGCCGCAGUCGGGCCCCAAGUCAGUGUCACCGCCCUUUCCUCCCGUUUCAACACCAGACUCUCUCUUCCCGCAACAGCCCUACCCCCAAGUCGGCGCUGCCGCCAAUGGCUGCCUUGCGUCUGGCACCACCGCCGUCAAUCCACCGGACAUUACUUGGCUCCGAAACAGUUCUUGAUUAGCCAUGGGGCGCUGCUGCUGUACCGAGUCAGGAGAAUGGGGGAUUCCUUGGUGUGGUGUGUGUGUUGUUGGCUGAGUAGUCGAAUCAGGGGUAGAGGGCGGAGAUGGUGGCAGCAUAUGGCUGCUGCUAUCGGCCAGAGUGAGCAGAGGAUAGAGGGAUAAGAAGGUAAGAGGAAGAAAGAGAUGUGUGGUUCCAGCAUUUUAGGUUUAAGGAUUUCAAAGGAUUUUGUAUAUUUUACUUUAGAAUAAUACUAGAAUAAUAUGGCCUUAUAUAUGAUGCAUAUUUGUUCCAUAUUUCAGAUGAGGAUUUGAUUCCUCCUUAUUUCACUUUUUAUUUUCUCCAAGUAGGCGUCGUCCUGUUAAGUGUUAAUGAAUGAGAUUAAGAGCCCCUGUAGCUCAAUUUUGUAAUAUUGUUUGUGAGAGGAGAGAGAUGCAAUAUGAAUCUCCAACUGGAUGUCUUAACACUUUGAUCAGUUAGUUAUCUGUGUUGUGCA